CGUCGUAUGACAUUUUUGCUAGUCUAAACAAAAAUUCUUAAACCUAGGGAAAACAUGUCAAAUGUACAAAAUUCCGAACAGACCGAAUAUUAAUCAAAACAAUUGUGCUCAAAAUCUAACCAUCUCAACAACCCAUCUGUCUUUUCCUCACUCUGGCCAGUGCAGUGGCCGUCUCUUUCCUGCAGGGGGAGCUGUGAGGCCCUCCAGGGGUUGGAGGCAGGACCAGGUCUGGUACAAUAGGGUUGGGCUGGUUUUUGGAGCCUCUCCCUUCCAUGUAAGGCAAGACAGCAGUGGAUUCCCACACUGAGUCACACACGAUUACACUCAAAACACUCAGGACACCGACAGAAAGGGCUCCAGACUGCUACUUCUAGACAGGUACCUUGUUAAUAUGACCCAAGACGGGAUAUACGUCAAUAUGUGUCUGAAUGUGUUAAUGGUACCCUGCAAGGAGUGGAAACUGACAUGUUGCUCCAAUCAGCAGAGCUUCUGACCUACCUCAGCCAAUCAAUCAAGACCAGAGACUUGGUCUGGUUGCACCCUCAGAAGAGAAAGUAGAGGUCAUCAAGGUGUACCUUGAGGCACGCAAACAGAGAGAAGCCAAACAACAGAGUGUCAAGAUGCUGACAGAUGAGGUGUCUCAAAUACAGGAGGUGAGGUACUGUCUAAAGACCUUGAGGGAGCAAAUGGCAGCCAGACAGAACAACAACAUUAAAAAGUUUCCUGUUAAUGGCUUUAGAGUCAGCCUGCCUAGCAACCAAGCUGUUGUCGCCAAUGGUAACCUUGAUGGGACUGAGUCAGAAGCUCAUGUGAAGGACAACCAGGAGGAGAGCAGCCGGCUGAGGGAGGUGACUAAGCGUUUGUACGCCCAGCUGAAGGAAUCAGAGAAGAAACAUCAGGAUGAAAAAGACAGACUGCAUGCAGAAAGCAGCGAGUUUCGCCAGCGCCUGGAUGAGCAGUCUGAACGUCUGCAGAGGGCAGAGGGGCAGGCCGAGGACCGCGGCCAACGGGUGGAGGAGCUGCAGAGGCUGCUUGGUGGCAUGGAAGUGGAGAGCGCCGGUCUGCAGGACAAGAUGGCCGCCACGGAGGCUGAGCUACAGCAGCUGAGGGAGUCUAAGGAGAAGGUCCUGGAGAAGGAGCGGAGGUCUGAGGACUUGGAGAAGCAACUAGCCGUUCAGAAGGAAAAGAUCCAUCACCUUGACGAUAUGCUGAAGUGCCAUCAGAGGAAGGUCCGCCACAUGAUCGAACAGCUGCAGAACUCCCGGACAGUGAUCCAGGAGAGGGAUCGGGCGAUCAGAGAUCUGGAGGAGAAAGUGGCUUUCCUGGAGGCUGAGAACAGAGAGAUGCACGAUCAAAUGGAGUACUUCUUGGGAGGGCAGGCACCCGAGACACAGACAUCCGCUGAACACAAACCUCAAAUCAUCUUCAGCAAGCCGCUCACACCAACCACCCUUGCCAACAAGUCUCUUCCCUUCAUCAAAGUCAUUGAGAUUAAGUCCUGAGCAGUCGGUGUGAGAGAUGUAAAAAAGAAAA